AUGGCUUGUGCGCUGUCCAGCCUACCCGUGGAUCUGCUUCCGGUCAUCUUCGCGUUCCUGGAUGGCCAGUCGAUUUUACGGUGCUCUGCAGUUUGUCGUGAAUGGCAUUCGAUGAUAGAAUCCUCCACCGAGCUGCUCUAUGUAGUAGAAUUGUGGGCUGAUGGCCUUGAGGCGGGAUACUCUCUCGGUCGUUCCCCCCAUGAAAAGCUGCAACGACUCCUUGCCUGGCGUCAGGCUUGGUCAACGCUCGAUUGGUCAGCUCGAACGACUUUCCCAAUCAGCGAACAUCCGCGCGCCUACGAGCUUGUCGGUGGCGUAUUUGCCCAACACAACACCUGGCCGCGUUCCGACUUUUCUACCAUCCGCCUCCCUUCCGUCGACCAUCGAGCCGAAAUAACCGCCCGGGAAAGCGUCGGCGUAUCUUCGCUAGACUUCGCCAUGGACCCCACACAGGAUUUGGUGGUGUUUCUGUAUAAGCAAGAAUUCUGGAGCGAGACGGGCAACUUUGACAUUCGCUCCCUGUCCACUCUCGAGCCUCACCCACUUGCUGCCCUUCCCACUCUGUCAUUCGACCUCCGGGACGACGCUUUCCGGCGGAUAUUUCUCCAGGUUGCCGACGAUGUCAUUGGGCUGCUUUUUCGCACGUCGCAAGUGUCCGAAGGUUCCCUUCGUCUCGUGCUGUUCAACUGGCGGUCCGGAAUCCCGUUAUUAGACCUUGCAGGCCCGCAGCUACCACAUUCUAUCUCCGAUUUUGCCUUACUCUCCCCACGGUCGUAUAUUCUGGCCUCGGUUAACGAGGCGUCUUACCUCCCGGGAAUGCCAAAGGGAAAGGGCGAACUACAUCUGUAUGCCUUUGAUGGGAAGCGACAUUACUCCGAUCCAGACCAUGUCGCCUCAUUCCAGCUCCCUUCUCCGCAUCCAAACCGCAUUCUCGAGCGCAUCAUCGUUCACAGUGGGCCAUUUUGCGCUGGCCCCAUUCCCGGCGCACAAUUUAUCAAAUCGAACGAGCGCCGCAUUUGCGUCAUUUCUCUCGCCUAUGACCAUUCUGAAUCAUAUUCCCUCUUCGUCCCGCAUGCGUAUUUCGAGCAGAGCAUUCGGGCAAGGGACGAAAAACCUCCGUCGACUGUCCCUUGGGAAGACUGGGGCCCAUACAACACCCGCUUAUUACGCGGAAGACACGUCUUCUGGCUUCGUUAUGUGCACGGCGAGCGGGUCGUGUCGCCUGUUGAUGCUGCCUACCCAUAUCGCAUCGAAGUAUUAGACUUCGGCUUCUUUCCUGGCCGCCUUCAACCACAAGACCAGAACAUCAACACGCAACUCCAUCUCAAUCCGAGUACGAUUUCCCAAUACGACACCGUCUUUCAAGAGGACGUUACAACUUGCUUGCCCUAUCGGCGAAUCGUUCGCGACCUCGAUCAGCGACACAUUCUCUUCCUCAUUGACCAAGACCGCAUUAUAGGCGUCAACGAAACUGUUAAUCAACUGACAGUAUAUGCAUUUUAA